AUGAAUUUUCGCCCAAUCUUGAGUUUUUCAGAAGAGGAAAAGAUCGGAACCACCCAGUCCCAUGAUGAUGCGUUGUUGAUCACUCUCAGAAUCGGGGACUAUGAUGUGAAAAGACUGAUGGUGGAUGGAGGUAGUGUGGCCGAGGUGAUGUACCCCGACCUCUACAAGGGGCUAAGGUUAAAACCAGAGGACUUGAUGCCCUAUAGCUCUCCUCUAAUGAGCUUCGACGGGAAGCUGGUCAUUCCAAAGGGCAUGAUUAGGUUACCCAUCAAGACCGGCCCAGAGAUAGUGAAGGUGAACUUUAUCGUGGUGGACACCUACUCCCCCUAUACAGCCAUCGUCUGUAGGCCCUGGCUUCAUAUCUUUAGGGUUGUUACUUCCUCAUUGCAUCAGAAGCAAUCAAGGACCCCGGUUUCGCCCCCUAACACAGAUGCCGCGGAGGCGAAAUGUGAAGAUCUAGAGGAUGUGGUUAUUAGUGGUGCCUCGGAGAAGUUCUUUUGGGUAGGGGCUCAGCUGCCUCUUCAAGAGAAAGAGGAGUUGAUUGAGUUCCUCAAAAGAAAUAUUGACGUAUUUGCAUGGGAUGACUGUGAUGCUCUCGGGAUUGACCUAACCUUCAUCUGUCACCAUCUCAAUGUCAACCCGACCAUCACUCCCAAGAAGCAACCACCUCGUCGCCCAUCAAGAGAGCACGCCGAUGCGAUUAGGGACGAAGUGGCGAAGCUUAAGCGUGCAGGAGCAAUCAAAGAAGUUUUUUACCCCGAAUGGUUGGCCAACACCAUGGUAGUCAAGAAGAAAAGUGGGAAAUAG